CUUAUUCCUACUGAUGAUUUUUGUGUGCCAGCUGGAAGAGAGACAAAGCUCAAGUUUGAUCGAGUUCUUUGUGACGUUCCUUGCUCUGGAGAUGGAACUCUUCGGAAAAAUGCAGAUGUGUGGCAGAAAUGGAACAUUUCCAAUGGAAAUAAUCUUCAUGGACUCCAAGUGAGAAUAGCCCGAAGAGGCCUUGAGAUGCUUGCAGUUGGUGGCUGUCUGGUAUACUCUACAUGCUCUCUCAACCCUGUUGAAGAUGAAGCUGUGAUUCAUCGCUUACUGGUAGAAAGCCAAGGAAAGGUUGAAUUGGUAGAGGUCUCGGAUAGGCUGCCUGGGCUUCGUUUCUGUCGGGGCGUGAAAACCUGGAAGGUGAUGAACAAGAAACUGGUCUGCUUUUCCUCUCCAGAAGAUGUUCCAUUUGAACAUCAAUCACAAAUUAGG